AGGAGACGAGAGGGGACUUGCCGGCCUGCCGGCCUGCCGGCCUGCCAAGGACUAACCCUGCUAAGCGGGGAAUCGCCUUAACCAGACGAGAAGGUGCAGAGACGAGAAUAAAGGCGGGGGCAACUCAGACGACUGGGGAAGGAGUGAGACGAGAAAGCAAGGCCUUUAAGCCGGGCGGGACUCGGGAGGGGAGGGGGUGGGGAGCGAAGCCGGAAGCCGGGAACUACAAGUCCCGAAAGGCGUAGCGGCUAAGUCCCGGAUGCCGUGGCGUGAAGCCUGAUGGGACAGGUAGUUUUGCGAAGGACUUAACGUAGAGGUUUGCGAGGUUGGACGGCCUGAGACCCGCGGCGCCCGGAGCGGGAGACAUGGAACUGGAGCAGAGAGAGGGGACCAUGGCAGCUGUGGGCUUUGAAGAGUUCUCAGCGCCGCCAGGCUCGGAGUUGGCACUGCCUCCGCUGUUCGGUGGUCACAUCUUGGAGAGCGAGCUGGAGACGGAAGUGGAGUUCGUGUCUGGGGGUCUGGGUGGCUCGGGGCUCCGGGAGCGAGAUGAAGAAGAGGAGGCCGCCCGCGGCCAGCGGCGGCGCCAGCGCGAACUAAAUCGUAGGAAGUACCAGGCGCUAGGGCGGCGCUGCCGGGAGAUCGAGCAGGUGAACGAGCGGGUCCUGAACAGGCUCCAUCAGGUGCAAAGGAUAACACGGAGACUUCAGCAGGAGCGGAGGUUCCUCAUGAGGGUGCUGGACACCUACGGUGAUGACUACCGCACCAGCCAGCUCGCCAUCGUCCUGGAGGUGAGCACGGCCUCCCGGCGGGCUGGGGCUGGGGGGCUGGGCACUAGGACAGUCUUCCCCUGCUGCCCCUUCUCCCCCCAGGACGAGGGCAGCCAGGGCACAGAUGCUCCCACCCCCGGCAACGCUGAGAACGAGCCUCCAGAGAAAGAGGGGCUGUCCCCGCCCCAAAGGACGCCCGCACCCCCCGAGCCCAGCAGCCCGACCCCGGCUGAGGGGCCCAGCGGACGCAAGAGGCGGCGAGUGCCCCGGGACGGACGCCGAGCAGGAGCUGUGCUGACCCCAGAGCUGGCCCCAGUGCAGAUUAAAGUCGAGGAAGACUUUGGCUUCGAAGCAGAUGAGGCCCUGGACUCCAGCUGGGUUUCUCGGGGGCCAGACAGACUGCUGCCCUACCCCACCCUAGCCAGCCCCCCCUUUGACUGACCCCCACCCCCAA